AUGAAGUUCCCUUGGCUGCUCCUGGUGAAGGGGGCUGCUUCUGUUGCCGCUCAAAAGCCCCUUGCUACUUCAGGCAGCGGCCAAGUUCUCGGGACCUUUAACCUUGAGGACAUCAUCAAUGCAUCGCCAUUGCUAUCAUUCCACCGCGACAUCGUCAAGAUCCCAUCCACAACCGACAAUGAAUAUGAAGUCGGCCAGUUCAUCGGUGACUUUUUGGAGCAAAAGCAUUUCACGGUAGAGAAGCAGUCCAUCUCAGACUCUCGAUUCAAUGUUUAUGCUUAUCAAGGCAACAACUCACUGCCGGAUAUUCUCGUCACAUCACACAUCGACACCGUGCCGCCUUUCUUGCCGUACAAUCUCGACUAUCCGAUUCUGGGUGGUGGACAUGAAUUUGAUCGUCAAUCCGUUCUCAUUGCAGGACGUGGUACGGUCGACGCAAAGGGAAGUGUAGCAGCACAGAUAUUUGCAGUGCUCGAGAUAUUGGAAGAGAAGCCGGACGCCUCAAUCGGUCUGCUCUUCGUUGUCGGCGAAGAAAAGGGGGGUAUUGGCAUGGAAACAUUCUCCAAAAACCCGUCACCUUCCUCGUUUCACACGGUCAUUUUUGGAGAACCUACUGGUUUGAAUUUGGUCUCUGGUCAUAAGGGCGUUAUCGGAUUCAACAUCAAAGCAACUGGGAGAGCCGCACACUCGGGGUAUCCUUGGCUAGGAAAGAACGCGAUUUCCGCACUUUUGCCAGUUGCAUCGUUCACCGAACGGCUGGGGGAGAUUCCGUUUCAAGACGGCGGCUUGCCCAGCAGCCUCAAGUAUGGCAACUCCACCGUCAACCUGGGUGUUAUACAGGGCGGCGUUGCGGUCAAUGUGGUCCCGGACUCAGCAGAGGCCAUAUUCUCGGUCAGAGUUGCUGCAGGAACACCAGAUGAGUCCAAGAGUAUCAUCACACGUGAGGUGAACAAAUUCACAAAGAACGAUCCCAAUAUUGAGGUCGCCUUCUACCCCGGAGGGCUGUCACCAACGGACCUUGACACAGAUGUGGAAGGCUUCGAUAUCAUCACCGUCAACUACGGCACAGACGUCCCCAAGCUCGCCAUACAUGGCGGAGGAGAUAGGGUCGUCAAGCGGUAUUUGUAUGGUCCAGGCAGCAUCCUGGUUGCUCAUGGCGAAGAUGAAGCACUGACAGUAGGCGACUUGGAGGGAGCUGUCCAAGGGUAUCGGGUCCUGAUAGAAAAAGCCUUGUCGAGGGAUGUGUAG